GUGAGAGGAAGUAGCGGCGGCGGCGGCCGGGGGCGGCGAGCGCUGGGGCUGCGCGGGCGGCAGGCAACGGCUGAGGCGGCGGCGGCGGCGGCGUGGGUUGGGCUCGAGCGGGCGGCGGCGCCUCAGACUCCCCGGAACGGGAGCCCACGCGGGCGGGCGCCUGAAACAAAGGGAAGCGGGCGUCCGGGCGCCGCGGGUGGGCGGUCAGUCGGUCAGCGCGGAGCCAGCCAGCGGGUGCCCGCGCAAGCCCCGAGCGCGGCCGGCCGGCGCGGCCUCAGGGCGGGAAGAUGCCGCGCGUCGUGCCCGACCAGAGAAGCAAGUUCGAGAACGAGGAGUUUUUUAGGAAGCUGAGCCGCGAGUGUGAGAUUAAGUACACGGGCUUCAGGGACCGGCCCCACGAGGAACGCCAGGCGCGCUUCCAGAACGCCUGCCGCGACGGCCGCUCGGAAAUCGCUUUUGUGGCCACAGGAACCAAUCUGUCUCUCCAGUUUUUUCCGGCCAGCUGGCAGGGAGAACAGCGACAAACACCUAGCCGAGAGUAUGUCGACUUAGAAAGAGAAGCAGGCAAGGUAUAUUUGAAGGCUCCCAUGAUUCUGAAUGGAGUCUGUGUUAUCUGGAAAGGCUGGAUUGAUCUCCAAAGACUGGAUGGUAUGGGCUGUCUGGAGUUUGAUGAGGAGCGAGCCCAGCAGGAGGAUGCAUUAGCACAACAGGCCUUUGAAGAGGCUCGGAGAAGGACACGCGAAUUUGAAGAUAGAGACAGGUCUCAUCGGGAGGAAAUGGAGGUGAGAGUUUCACAGCUGCUGGCAGUAACUGGCAAGAAGACAACAAGACCCUAGUCCUGGUUCCAAUUUAGGUGGUGGUGAUGACCUCAAACUUCGUUAAUUAAUAGCACAGCAGAUGUGUGCUGCCCAUCUUUACAUACACAUUGCUUCUAGUUGGCAGAAAUAAUUGAUUAAAAGACCAGAAACUGUGAUAACUGGAGGUACUACGGUCUAUUUCUCAACCUUAGGCAGUAAUAGACAUCACAAACUGCCAUGGUUUUGCACUAUGAUUAUAAUACCUGCAUUUCUAAUUUUUUAAGCAUGUAGCCAGUAAUAAUUUGAAGUUUUUUUUCUAUGCAAGCUUACCUUGUUGGCAUUAUUUUAGGGAGUUGAAACUAUCAACUGUAAAGCUCCUUUUCUUCCACUUUAAUUUAAAAGUUCAUGUCAUUUAAAAACAAGUCAAGAAAUUAAAAUUGUAUCAGAGGGCUUUCUCUAAUCAUUUUUUCUAUUUUUUUUUUUGUACUUCUAGAUGUUUUGGUUAUACAGCUUCAUUUUAGAUAAGCAUUCUUAUUUUUUGUUUUGUUUGCCCCAUUUCCUUUUGUGUUUUUGUAGUCUAUAGCAUUUUAAAACUGCUGACGUUGUUUGCAUUAUUUACAGGCUAAAAACUUAGUAGCAUAGAGCUGUCUGCCACAGCCUUCUGACAAAGUUUACAGUUAUUAAAGUUGCAGUAUCCUUUUAAAUGCUAGUAAUCAGCACUCUUUCUUUUUCUUUUUCUUUUUUUUUUAAAUAGAGACAGGGUCUCGCAGUGUUGCCCAGGCUGGUCUCGAACUCCUGGCAUCAAGCGAUCCUCCUGCCUCAGCCUCCCAGAGUACUGGGAUUACAGGCUCUUUCUUUUUAAACAUAAAAGUUUUAAAUUGGUAUUAACUCUGUACUCUGCCCCAGAUUGUUUUAGCUUCUGUUCUGUAAUCAUGAGUUUGGUUGGAGAUAUUCUCCAUAGAUGAUCUUCUACUGAAAUGCCUAAAGAAGUCACAGGCUGGCUUCUGUUUUAUUCAGGGAUUUUUUUAAAAAGUCAAUCAGAAAAGGGAUACUGGAGCUUCUUCAUGUAUGUAACAGCAUAUUAAACUGGAGACAGUGAUGAAUCAGCUACAAAGGUAAUAUUGUAUUAAAAUCAUGUUUAAGAUAGCUGCUUUUAUGUGUAUUUUAUAUUGCAUGCUUUUGUAAAAACAUGCUGGGUGAUGAAAGAUUAGUUUUAGAGAGAAAAUGUUCAUCUGUGCAGAGGAUGCAUUUUCUUCCAUUAAUUCUGGAAAAAACAUUCACAGUUAUAUAUAUGGUAUUUUGCAAAAGGACUAUUAAUAGAACCUUUUGAGAUGAAUUAAUGUAAGAAUAUUUUUUAAAUAGGCUUACUGUCAAAUUGCAACUUUUUUUUUAGAUACAGACUGGAAAAAAGUGCUAAGUCAUUUGGCACCUCCUUACAAAUAUUUUUCAUGGUCACAUUUAUUAAAUGUUACUACAUUUCUGAAUUUUUGAAAAAUGUAUUUUAUCAUUAAAUGGCAUUAUUUUAAAGGAUGAAAAACUGACACAGUCAAUUCAGAAAAUGGACUGAAGUCUGAAUAAGGUCAUUGCAUUUAAAAAGCAUAUAACUGUACUUGAUUGAUGAGGGAGGUGUUACUUUCAUUGUAUAUAAGUCUUAUUUCAUAAACAGAUAUCCUGUAUCGAAUAAAAGUAUUUGUUAUAUAUUUGAAGUUAUGCAUGGAAGGGAGUGUGUUUAAAUUGUUACAAACAAUAAUGCGUCAUUAAAGGCCAUGCUGAUCUUGCAUAACUAUAAGUACUAUGAAUGAAUUUGGUUGGUUUUGGUGUUGUACAGCUCAUAUGUUUACACACUCAGUGCCCUAAUUUCCCCUGAGGGAAUCACUUUUUAAGUGAUCCUUACAGUGGUGUUUUAUGUUACUUUAUUACAGAGCUCCUUGGUUUUUUACUUCUGCACUUAAAUUUUUUUAAAUAACAUGAUGAUGGUACAUUUUCCUCUGUUGUCUAGCUAAGGGCUUUCGGUCCACCAGUAAAUAAGAUCAAAUGCUCUUAAAUGUUCCUGUUACCAUCCUAAUGUAAAUACUGGAUUUUCCUGUCAUUUAGCACUGUGCUGCUUCUGUCUGACUUAAUGCUGGCAUUAAGAUCAUGAGCCCUUUUUCUCCAGUAGUACAGGCUUUGAAAACUACUUCUUUUAAGUUAUUGAUGCAAUUUGAUAUUUUUUCAUAAUCUAUAUUUAAACAAAAGUACAUCAUUGCAUCAUCUUUUCUAAAUUCAUCUCCAUUAAAACUUGCCUUAAGCUACCAGAUUGCUUUUGCCACCAUUAGCCAUACUGUGUGUUUGUUUGUUUAAUUUACUUUCACAAUAAACUUCUGUGUAGUAAAAA